UUUUUAAUAAUUUAAAUUAUUUUGAUCAUUGUUUUAAGGUUAGGAAACGUGAGGACUGAGGAUAAGAAUUCAAUGUUAUGAGUUGUACUGUUUGGCAUUCUAAUGUUAUUUCAUAGUUAUUGAUGCUUUUAGAUUUAUUUAUUAGCUUCUUCUAGUUAAUAUUUACUCUAAUAAUAUAGUUAGUAGUAAAUUAGGGUAAUAAAAAUGCCUGUAGACUCGAGACGUUUGCAAGGACCUGAAACCACAUUUCCCUAUCAUUUAUACGUCAAUAAGCAACCUUUAACUCAUGCUCAAUGGCUAAAACAAGUUGUUAAAUCCAACGGAAAGAGAACGGAUGGCAGGAAACAUGAUGAAAUUCGUAAAAUAUUUUUGAAAACAUCCGUUAUGAGUCAAGCCAAAGGUUCAGCCUAUAUAGAAGUUGGCAAUACAAAGGUUAUUUGCUCAGCAUUUGAUCCUCGUGAAAUACCCAACAACAAUAAAUUCAGUCUGAAUGGCGAGUUAUUUUGUGAAUUCAAAUUUGCCAACUUCUCACAGAAGAAACGAAGAGGAUUUAUACGUGAUGCUGAGGAAAAGGAUCUCAGCGUCUGUUUGAAACGCGCCCUGGAGCCUGCUGUAUGUAGGCAUGAAUUUCCCAACUUCCAAGUGGACGUGUAUGCUCUGGUUCUGGAGGAUGACGGUGGAGCUCUGGCCGCUGCAAUCACCUGCGCCAGCCUUGCUCUGGCUGAUGCCAGCAUACCCAUGUAUGACCUAGUCACUGCUUUAACAUUGGGUGUUCAUGGUGACUACAAGUUUCUGGACCCAACUUCAGAAGAAGAGCGCUUAUGCUGUCAUGAACCACCUGGACCCAACAAAAAUCCGUUUGUUGCUGUGUGCGUUUGCUUGAAAAAGCCAAGUACAACUGUUUGACUCAUACACUAAACA